AUGCCGCUGUACGGAAGGCUCGAGCCGUUCGAGGGAGACGGGUCCGCCUGGCCCAUCUAUGAGGAGCAAGUUCACGUGUUUUUCCGCGCUAACGACACGCCCGAGGAGAAACAGCGGGACAUUUUCCUGGCAAGUUGCGGAACCCAAGUCUUCAGUCUCCUGCUCGACCUCCUAAAGCCGGCUACACCGCAUACCAAGACGCUCAGCGAGCUGCUCACUACCCUGCGCUCGCACUUCAGUCCGGCGUCGUCCACGCUAAUGGAGCGUUUCCGCUUCAACAACCGGAGCCGCCGGGAAGGGGAGAGCCUCGGGCAGUUCGUCGCCGCGCUACGAGGUUUGGCGAGUACCUGCGCUUUCGGGGACCAGCUGGACUCGCUGCUACGGGACCGUUUCGUCUGCGGCAUAAACAGCCCCGCCAUGCAGACACGUCUCCUGGAACUUCCCGACCCCUCGCUGGACGACGUGGUGAAAGCAGCGCUGGCGAUGGACGCGGCGACAAAAGACGCCGGCGAGAUUGCGCGUGCGGCGUCAACAGAAGCGGCGGUCAACAAGAUGGUGGCAAGGGACGGUAUAUGCAGUCGCUGCGGUGACGCCCAUUCCCCCUCACAGUGCCAGUUCGUACAUUCGCAGUGCUUCACGUGCGGAAAAACGGGGCACCUUGCACGGGUAUGCCGAACGGGGAAGCAGAACAGCGCACCACAGCAGCAGCCUGGAUCAAGCCCAGGUUCCACAACAGCCCGCGGUCAGGGUAGGCGUCGCAAGUGGCGGCGGGGACGUGCGGCAGCAGGCUCGGGUUCCUCCGCGGCCAGGCUCAACGUCGUGUCCGAGAACCCGCCGAUUUUCGACAUGUGGCACACAGGCCUUGUCCCGUCGUCUGUGCCGCCUUACGUGCUGACCGUCGAAGUUUGCGGGCGCCCCAUUUCCAUGGAACUGGACACGGGGCCAGUGUGUCGGUCAUGGCUGGCAAACUUUUCAAAAGGACCUUCCCCGGAGUGGCCGUCGAGGCUUCAGGCGUCAUGCUGCGGAGUUACUCCGGAGAGCUUUCCCAGGUCCAAGGCCAGGCCCAGAAAUUGGAUUUGCGCACUGGGUGUUCGGCUGCCAGAAGGCCAGGAAGCAGCCCUACAUGGCUUACAAGACAUCCCGAGCCUCCUAACAGAUUUCCAGUCACUGUUCCAGCCAGGGGUGGGCACAUUCGCCGGUACGACUGCUGGCAUCCAUGUACCCGAGGGAGUCCGGCCUCGGUUUUUCAAGCCUCGCCCACUGCCGUUCGCACUGAAGGACGGGGUAACCCAGGAGCUGCAACGGUUACAGCGAGAAGGCAUCCUGGUACCAGUUAAGACUGCGGAGUGGGCCGCUCCCAUCGUUCCAGUCCCCAAGCGAGAUGGUGGUGUCAGAAUCUGUGGGGAUUUCAAGGUUACGAUCAACCCCGUCGCUACCGUCGAAAAGUACCCCCUGCCUAGGAUUGAAGAUCUCUGGUCGGCUUUGUCUGGUGGCCAGAAGUUCACGAAGCUCGACCUCAGAGACGCGUACCAGCAGUUGGUGCUCCAGGAGGCCUCACGGAAGUAUGUCACGAUAUCGACAACUAUGGGGCUUUUCCAGUAUACGCGUUUACCAUUUGGAGUGACCUCGGCACCAGCCAUCUUUCAGAGAGAGAUGGACAACCUCUUCAGGGGCAUGAAGCACGUGGCAGUGUACUUGGACGACAUCCUCGUCACCGGUAUUGACGAUGGAGACCACAUGCAGAAUCUGCACAACGUGCUGGCCCGACUUCAGGAUGCUGGUCUCAAGCUCAAGCGGGAAAAGUGCGUGUUCAUGGUUCCCAGUGUAGAAUACCUCGGACACGUCAUCUCCCAAGCCGGCCUGACUCCGGCCCCCCGCAAAGUUGAGGCUGUUCUGAAGGCGCCGAAGCCCCGAAACAAGAAAGAGCUGCAAAGCUACCUUGGUCUCAUCAAUUUCUACAGGAGGUUCCUGCCCAACCUGUCUGCGCAUCUACAGCCACUGCACAUUCUGCUUCGAGAUGGCCAGCAUUGGGUGUGGAAGAAGGAGCAGGACGUGGCCUUUGAGCACAGUAAACAGCUAAUCACCAAGGCACCGGUGCUGGUGCACUUCGAUCCAGCCAAGCCUGUUGUCCUUACUGUAGAGGCAUCACCCUAUGGUGUAGGAGCCGUCCUAGCGCACAGAGACAAGGAUGGCCAAGAACGCCCGGUGUCGUUUGCUUCUCGACGUCUUCACACAGCAGAGCAGCGUUACAGCCACCUGGACAAGGAAGGCCUCGCCCUCAUGUUUGGCGUCGAGCGUUUUCACCAGUACCUGUGGGGCCGAAAGUUCGAGGCAGUGACGGACCACAAACCACUGCUGGGGCUACUGGGGCCAGACAAGGCGGUCCCCGUGCAGGCAUCACCUCGAGUGGUACGAUGGGCCUUGAAGCUGGCGGCCUACAGCUACCAGUUGGUGUACCGUCCGGGAAAAGACCUGGGACCUGCCGAUGCCCUGAGCCGGUUGCCGCUGCCAGAGGUGCCUGCUGCUGUUCCAGAGCCAGCUGAAGUGCUCAUGCUGGAGCAUGCGUACCCAGAGGUACUCUCCAGGUCUGCUGUGUCGCAGGCGACCAGUCGGGACCCGGUCCUGUCCCAGGUGGUGAAGGCAGUAUCCCGAGGGGAGGAGUUGGUGCAGCAGCCCUACAGCCACAAGGCCGCUGAGCUGAGCCUGGAGCAGGGCUGCCUACUUUGGGGUUCCAGGGUGGUGAUCCCACAAAGUCUCCGGUCCAGGGUCCUGCAGUUGCUGCACGCGGGGCAUCCUGGCGUGGAAAAGACAAAGAUGGUGGCCCGGUCCCACGUUUGGUGGCCUGGACUGGACCAGGACAUCGCUCACAUGGUGCAGAGCUGCCAAGUCUGCCAGGAACAUCAACGGGCCUCGCGUCAUGUGGAGAUCACCCCAUGGCCAUUCCCACAGAGGCCCUGGUCCCGCCUUCACGUGGAUUUUGGGGGCCCCUUCAAAGGCCACUACUUCCUGGUGGUAGUCGACGCAUUUUCAAAGUGGGUAGAAGUCCUACCUGUCACCACUCCGUCAGCAGGUGCGACCAUUGCAGCACUUCGGCAGGUUUUUGCAGCCCAGGGGCUGCCGGACAUCAUAGUCUCCGAUAAUGGGCCCGCUUUCGCCAGCGCAGAGUACCUGGCCUGGCUGACAAAGAACGGAAUCCGCCGAAUGAUGGUUCCUCCGUACCACCCUGCUUCAAACGGUGCAGCUGAGCGGGUGGUGCAGACUAUUAAGGACAAACUUAAGAAGAGCCAGGCUGGGGAUUUCCGUACGCAGGUCGCCCGCAUACUCUUCCAGUACCGGACUACACCUCAUGAUGUCACCGGCCGUGCCCCCUGUGAGCUUCUGCUGGGACGGAUGGUGAAGACACCGUUGGACAUUCUGCAUCCAGACCUCCGGUCUACGGCGCUCCUCAAACAGCUGAAGCAGAAGCUGGCUGCUGACAAAGGGUGCCGUCCUUGGCCAUUGCCGGAGCCUGGAGUGCCCCGGUCUCGCCUGCAAGCUCCUCCUCUCUGCUCGUACGAAUGCAGGAUGGAACCACAUGGCACCGGCAUGCUGACCAUGUGA